AGAACGCUAGAUCAUAUAAUCAGUCUCUUCCAUAAUUUGAAAUGGAGACAAUAAGCUGCAGCGACUCAAGUACUGCAAUCGCACCUUUUCUUCUUGAAAAAGAUAAAAACAAUUAUGAAGAUUGGAAAGUUUAUGUUAAAAACUAUUUAUUGGCUCAAGAUCUUUGGGAUAUUGUUGAAUAUGGGAAUACUCAGGAGGGGAAUUGGAGGAAAAAAAAUGCUGCAGCUCUACAUGCAAUUCUCUCUACCUGUUCACAAGAUAUUUUUAGUCAAAUAAAGGACAGCUCGGCCAAGGAUGCCUGGAAUCAUAUAGCCAAAAUGCAUGAAGAGUGGCAACAUCCUGACGAGGAAGCAGAAACAGGGGUGGAGGGGUUGGUAAGAGGGGAAGAAGUUGAUCAAACAAUGCAUGAAGGGCGACCAAAAUCCAAAGCAAAAACAGAAACCAGCGUGGAAGGAUUGGGUAGAGGAGUUAAUAGUGAAGAAUUUGUAAAGUUGGUAAAGAGACUUUACCAUGGAGAUCAGAAAGUUGCAAGGCAUGUUUUGGACAAGCAUCCAACAUUUCCAUCAAUUACAGGCUUUGGUGAAACUGCUCUUCACGUUACAAUCAAGGCCGAGAAAGAUGAGAUUGCCAAGCAAUUGAUAGAGAUGAUGUCAAAGCAAGAUCUGGAGAAAAAGGAUUGCAAUGGUCACACGUCUCUCUCCUAUGUUGCAUUUCAGGGAAGAACAAACUUGGCAAAGAUCUUAGUCCCAAAGAACCGAGAUUUACUUACCAUUGUAGACAAUGCAGGCAAUAUCCCACUUACGAGGGCAUGUGGUGUUGGCCAUAAGGAGAUGACAGACUACCUCUACAAUGAAACCCCUAGUUAUUUCUUGGAACCAGGAAAACAGGACAAUCAUGGAUUCCAUCUCGUGCGUUGCUGUAUUGCUAACAAAAUGUUCGAUAUUUGUUUCGACCUACUCAAAAGAUAUCCAAGUUUGGCUGUUGGCGUCCAUACACAAGGAGAGUCUCCUAUUUUUAUGUUGUCGCGUCAACCUUCUGCAUUUUUAAGUGGGACUAAGCUUUCAAUUUGGCAGCGAUUGAUUUAUCACUGGUUAGAGGCCAAGUUACCCCCCACUGCCAAUCGUGAAGUACGACUUGUUGUUACCGACCAAGGCCACGACGAAAAGAACAUUAGAAAACGAGUAUUUAACGGAUUUCAUGGAUUGGGUUUAAAGGUUCAAGAGUUCUUUGGAAUCAAAACAAUUUAUGAUUUGAAAUUGAAGCAUCUCUAUGCACUUAAAGUUCUUCGCUGUAUGUGUAAACACGUAUCAGCUUUGGAAUUGAAUCAUCAACGUGAUGAUUUUGGAGUGGGUGCUGCACUCUUUGAAGCUACCAAGCAGGGAAUAGUUGAAUUUGUCACUGAGCUAUGGAAAGCCAACCCAUCAUUUGGUUUCAAAACUAAUCAUGAUAAUAGACUGGCAUUCAUGGUUGCAGUCCAAUACCGUCAAGAAAAAGUUUUCAACCUCAUUUAUGGCGUUAAUCAGGCAUGGAAGGCUGAAAAUCUUAAUAAAUCAGAUUCUGAUGGGAACAAUAUUUUACAUGUGGCAGGGGGGUUGGCUCCUGACUUCGAACGUGUUGGAAUCUCCAGUCCAGCAUUACAGAUGCAAAGAGAACUACAAUGGUUUAAGGAGGUGGAAAAAAUUGUUCCAGAAUGGUGCAAAGAAGCUAAAAAUGAUAAUGGUGAAACCCCCAAGGAUGUAUUUACCAAGAGCCACAAAGAAUUAGUGAAAGAGGGGGCGAAAUGGAUGAGGGACACAUCAAGUUCUUUUAUUAUUGUCAGUAUUCUCCUUGUUACCAUCAUGUUUGCGGUAGCCUUUACUGUUCCAGGCGGCAACAAUCAGGAAACAGGGUUACCCGUACUCUUGGGUGAAAAAUUAUUUAUGGUAUUUAUAAUAACCGAAGCAAUAUCCUUCUUUACUGCAUCCACUUCAGGUUUAAUGUUUUUGGGAAUUCUAACGUCGCGCCAAGCUGAAGAAGAUUUUCAUGUGUCCUUACCCAAGAAGUUGAUGAUUGGCCUUUUCACCCUCUUUGUUUCUAUUGCAACAAUGAUGGCUAGCUUUUGUGCUGCUCUUUUGAUUGUGCUAGAAGUUCAACGGUGGGCAGUGAUUCUCGUACUUUCAAUGGCUAGCAUUCCAGUUACGCUUUUUGUAUGGUCGCAAUUUCCCCUCCUUGUUGAAAUUUCUGUUUCAACAUAUGCUUUGGGAAUCUUUAAGAAGAAAAUGAACCGUUGGCUGAUCAGUUGAAGGGCAAGUUGAUCCAUCUUUUGUGACCUUGGUUAAGCAGUUCCUCUCUUGGUGAAAUUAAUUCUAUAGCUUAUUGUUUUGGUACUUCGUUUAGUUCUGCCAGAACUCUCAUUAAUUUCUGUGUUUUAUUUAGUUGUUUUUUAAGAUAUGUUGCUUUUGAUGAGACUGUGAUGUGAUCUUAAUACAUGUACAUUCCCUUG